AAUAGAAACAAUUUGCACUUACUUUUUAAUAAAAUUCAAUAAUAAGUAUACAGUAUGUUUGCUUGUGUUUAUAUGACUAAUAUGAAUGAUAAGUGGAAGUGAUGUUUUCCCAAAUCGCAUACAAGAAUCAUAUUUAUUUAUUAUAGAUUAAUCAAUCCGUGCACUUGUUUAACAAACAUGAUCCAAACUAAAUUAUUUUUACUGUUGUUACUGUUUAGUUUUUGUGAGUUUGUCCUUUUGAUGCCACAUAACAAAGACAUCAUACUUAAUCCAGAUGAAUUUGAAAAAUUGAAAUUCAACAAAAAACAUGAAACAACAACCGUCAUAUUCGAUAGCAGACAUAUGUUCGAUGUUCCAUGUAAUAAUGGUAUUCGAGUGAACGGUGCAUGUCGUCAAGCAUUUACUUUUAAAGGGUAGAUAUAAUUUUGAGGAUUUGCAUGUAAAUAACUAUUACUUCCUUAUAUUAUUUAUAUUAAUAUACAAUAUACAAUUGAAAAUUAAUUUUAUUUGAUUCCAUUGAAAAAGACCAGAAUAAAUAAACACAAGUGGAAUUGAUAUAUUACCAAAUUUAAGUAACGAAUUAUUUUUAUAAGUUAGUGUAGUAUUUGGUCAUUUGGUUAGGGUAAGGUCAGUUAUAUCGCAAUUAAUAUGGACUAUGUAGCGGCAAAAUUGAUCACUAUAUUAUGUACCUUCAUAUUUUUAACAAGUAUAUGCAAAUUGCCGCAAUGUUUGGCACAAGAUUUUGGUACCAGAAUUGCAUUUCCGGAUGAAUUUGAGAGUAUUAAGGCUCAUUUACAAAAAACAGAUAAAGACGUUUCCAGAAUUGUGUAUCCGGAUGAGUAUGAAAGAUUGAUGAAGGAGAGUGCACCACCACAAACAACUCCUAAAACCAAAGUAAGAAUCGAUCAAAGGUCUUUAUUUACCAUACAUAAUUGUAAUAGAAAUUAUGCUAGAGACGAUAAAGGUGAAUGCGUGAAAACAUUUUAACACAGAAAAUUUUAUUGUACAUUAGUAAGGUUUUUUAUUUUUAAUUAUAACUAAAUGUGAUGAUAAUGUAAAAAUAAAAUACAAAAAUUC